GAAUAAUAAUAAUAACAAAAAAGGUAUCAACUGAUAACUGUCAUGAUAAGAAAAUAAUACUAAUAUACGUAUUGAAGACAGUCAAAUAAAAAAAAAUAUUAACAACAGGAUUAUUUUAGAGAAAUAAUAUUAAAAAUAUGUUAGAAAAAAAAAAAUUAUAAGAGUGAAAAUAAAAUAUAUUGACAUGUAUUUGUUAAUGUAAAAAAAAUGUUUAUUGAUAAAUGAGUAUAUGUAUUAUUGAUAAUAAUAAUUGUUAUAUUUAAAUUGAGUAUUUGUCUUUGUUUAAAUAAAUUAUUAAGGAAUAAAAAAAAUUUUAAAAUGGAUGUUUUGACAACUAGCCUUGAGGCUCUUAUUCAAAGAGCAACAAAUCCUCAAAAUGUUAAAACAGAUACUGCUGCAAUUGUUGCAUUUUGUGUUAUGCUUGAAAAAGAAAAUGAUGGUGUACAAAUUGCAUGUAAAUUAUUAGCAACUUAUAUACAAUCAACAAUUGAAAAACAAGCAUUUCAAUCACUUGUGCUUUUAGAUACGUGUAUGAAAAAAUGUGGUAAACAAUUUCAUUCGGAAAUUGGAAAAUUUCGUUUUUUAAAUGAAAUGAUUAAACUUGUAUCACCAAAAUAUCUUGGUGAUAAAACACCAGCAAGUGUACGUGAUAAAGUCAUUGAAAUUUUGUAUACAUGGACAAGAGAUUAUCCAACUGAAGUUAAAAUUAAAGAAGCUUAUGAAAUGUUGAUUAAACAAGGAGUUGUCAAGAGAGAUAAUCCACCAAUUAUUGAGGAAAAAAUACAAAUAUCAAAAGCCCAAAAAGCUAAAAAUGCAUUAUUUGAAGAUGAAGAAACAGCAAAAUUACUACAAGAAUUAUUACAAAGUAAAGAUCCAUUUGAGCUUCAAUUGGCAAAUAGAUUAAUCAAAAGUAUGGUAAAAGAUGACGAAAGAAGAAUACAACAAAAUUCAGAAAGAAAUUUAGAGCUAGAAACAGUAAAUAAUAAUGUUAAAGUAUUAACAGAAAUAUUAGAUUCUUAUAAUCCAGAACAAUCAAAUACCGAAGAUAUUGAAUUGAUAAAAGAACUAUAUCAAUCAUGUGAAAGAUUUAAACCCAUAAUAUUAAAACUAGCUGAUGAAACUCAAGAAAAUGAUGAUACUCUUGGUCAAAUAUUAACAGUUAAUGAUGAAUUAGAACAAGUAUUUAUAAAAUAUAAAAAUAUAUUUCCCACUGAAAAAUCAUUAAAUACCAAUAAAAUAAAAAAAAAUAAUCAACCAUCAUUAUUAGAUUUAUCAUCACCAUUUGAUAUAUCAACAACAUCAACAAGUAGUAAUAACAAUAAUGAUAAUAAAAAAACUGAUAUGGAAAUGUUGGAUGAUAUAUUUAAUUCAAUUGAUAAAACAACAACAUCAGAACAACAAAAAAUAAUAAAUAAUAAAGAUACAAAUUUAUUAUUAAAUAAUAUAAAUAUUAUGGAACCAAUAAAAUUAAAUAAUAGCAAUAAAAAUAAUACAAAUAAUGAUGAAAAAACAAAUAUAGAAAUAAAUAAAAUUGAUACUAAAACAAAAGCACUUGAUGAUUUAAAUGAAAUGGGUCAAUCAUUGUUAAAAAAAAAUUUAACAUGUACAGUUAAUAAUAAAAAUAAAAAUUUAAUUAUCAAUAAUGAUGAUAAUAAUGAUUGUUUAAAAUUAAAUAAUGAUAAUAAUGAUGUUGAUAUAUUAAUUGGUAUUGAUAAUAUUGAUAAUUCAAAUGAAGAUGAUUUAUUAAUUGAUGCAAUUGAUAAUGUUGAUGUUGUAUUACCAAUUUGUAACGAUAAUAUUGUUGAUAAUAAUCAUGAUAAACUAUUGAAUGAUGUUGAAAUUAAACCAUUGACUGAUAUUAAUAUUACUAUUGAUGAUAUUAAACCAAGUAAAAUUCCACCAAUGACUGUUAUUGAUAAUAAUGGUAUAACAGUUAUAUUACAUUUUACUGAAUCUUUACCAAGACCAGAUGUAACUGUUAUUGUUAUAACAACAAUGAGUAAAAAUAGUGAAUCAUUGUCAAAUUAUUUAUUUCAAGCUGUUGUUACUAAAAAAUGCAAAUGCAGAUUGCAAAAACCAUCUGGAAAUGAAUUACCAGCUCAUAAUCCAUUUUUACCACCAUCAGCAAUAACACAAAUUAUGUUGAUUGCUAAUCCACUAAAAGUUGAUGUGUCACUUAAAUUUAUGCUUAGCUACACAAUGAAUGAUGAAACUUACACAGAAAUGGGAGAAGUUGAUAAACUUUGAAUAUAUAAAAAUUAAUUUUCAAUUGUUCGUGAGUAAU